CAGAAAAAUAAAUAUAAACAGAGACAUCGUCGUAGCAUCUUCUGUAAAUAAAAUAUUUAUUUAUUUAAUUGUAAUUAUUAAUUUUUAUAUAUAAAAAUAAAAAAAUGUCUGAACCAUCAGUAAAUAAUAUUAAAAAACUGGAUCAUCAUAUACAGCUUGAUUUAUGUCGUACACGACCUCCUUAUAGACAAGGAAAAAAAUUAACAGCAAUUAAGGUUUAUACAGUCAAUGAUGAAUCACAACAUAUUAUAAUAUCUGGUGUACCAAAAUUAAAAUUAAUUGAUGAUUUGAGAAAAGUCAUUAUACCUUAUGGAGUUAUUAAAGAAUUAAUUGUAAUUAAUGAUUAUCCAGAUGAAGAAUUUACAGAAUCAUACCAUGUACGCUAUGAAAGAAUACAAAGUGCUAGAAUAGCUAAACGUUUUUUGGAUGGUAAAAAUUUUUUUGGUGGAAUUUUACAUGUAUUUUAUGCUCCUGAAUUAGAGUCAGUUGUAGAAACUAGAAAAAAAUUGAUUCAAAGACGUAGAGAUAUUUCAGUAAGAAUAAAAAGACAAAAAGAAGAUGCGGCUAAUUUAAAAAUUGAUGUAUUCGAAGCUAGGCCUCAGUAUAAUAGACAAAAAAAAUAUCCAACAUUACCACUAACAGAAGAGAGACUGAAUAAACAAUAUCCUAGUGAAUCUAUGACUAGUAUUUAUAAUGGAAUUCCAAGAAAUAUAGAUCCCCGUCCAGUUUGCGAACCAAAACUUCCUUCACCUAAUGAAUUACAAUUACAAUCAAGUAAUAAAAAUUAUAAAGGUCGAAAAAUUGAUGAUAGUAUUAAAGUUAGAGUUGAACGGCCUAAAUUAAUUGAUACAAAAAAAUUAUCGCAAUUUAAUGAUUCUAUGAAAGAUGUUAAAAUUUUUUCGGCUGUAAAGAAAGUUGAUAAAGGUAUAACAAUUAAAUUGCUUCCCAAUACCCAAGGCACAAAAAAACGGAUUAUUAUGAAAGACAAAAACGUAACAAAUUUACUACCCAGUGAGGAUCUUCAAACAUCAAUUGCAUCAGCAAAAGCUCGUAUUCGUGAAGCGAUGGAAAAAAAUUGAUUAAAAAUAUUUAUUAAGUGGGAAAAAUUCAUAUUCUUAAGUAAAUAAUUUUUUUACGUAUAAUUUUUAUAAAAUAAUUUGAAUAUUUAAUUGAUCUUAGGUUGUGAAAUAAAGAUAAUUAUCAAAUA